AAACUUGUCGUCAGUAAAAAGCAUAUAUUCAAGAUGUCUCGUAUUUUAAAUAAACUCCUGCCUCUGAGUUUAUUUCUCGUCACAUUUUCUGAAUGCAACGAUUUAAUAGCAAAUGUGCAGCGAAAAAAUUCUCUCGAAUUUCCAACUGGACAAUGCAAUCAAAUGGAGAAAAAUGUGACACUAAAAUUAUCGAGCAACGAAUCAAAAAUACUAAUCGAUGGCUUUAUGGACAGUCCCUUUAUUAAUUGUCUCACUCUUCAAGGAAACGAAUUGACCGAAAUUUCACCAGGUGCUUUCAAAUUAUUACCAAAUCUCUAUUUUUUGAAUUUAGCCGAAAAUUCUUUGACCAAUUUAAUCACUUUCGAUUCACAUUUUCAAUUAAAAACACUAAUUAUCGACGAGAAUAGAAAGAAAAAUUUGUUUUUGACGAUAAAAUCGAAAUUUCCCAAAUUACAACAUCUUUAUUUGAGAAAAAAUAAAAUUUUUAAUGUAACACACGAAAUUGGGGAAAAUUUACCAAAUCUAACACAUCUCUAUCUCAGUGAUAAUUUAAUAGAAAAAAUGGAAAAUUUUCCCCUCAAAUUAACACAUCUUUUUCUCGAUGAUAAUAAAUUGGAAAAAUUUAAUGCAACGAGAGUAAAAAAUAUCGAAACACUUGUACUGAAUCGAAAUUUUCUCAAAAUAAUCUGCAAUACUUAUUGUCACGAAAAUUCGCUCUCACUAAACAAUGUGAAGUAUUUAAAAAAUUUAUCAAUUUCAGAAAAUAAUAUCAAUGAUCUAGAACCUGAUUCAUUCGACGAUAUUAAUUCUCUCGAAAAUCUCGAUCUUUCGAAAAAUAAACUCGAACUAAUACGUAAGGGAACAUUUAAUUCUUUGAGAAAAUUGAAAAAUUUAUCACUAAAUAGCAAUAAAUUGCAAACACUACCAAUUCUAUCGAGUUUGGAAAAUAUUGAAAAUUUAAAUUUCAACUUUAAUAGAAUUGAAAAAAUUUGUGCGGGUGAAUUUAAAAAUUUUCCCUAUCUAAAGACAUUGUCGUUGAGGGGAAACUUGUUGAAAACAAUUGAAAUCGAUUCCUUUUGUAAUUUAAUGGCACUUGAGAAUUUAGAUUUGUCAUUGAACAAACUUGAACAUUUACCAAUAAAUUGGUUGACGGGAGUUGAGAAUCUUGAAACUUUAGAUUUAAGUGGAAAUUGUUUUCAAAACUUUUCAAGUCUAUCACUUGGCUUUAUGGAUUCGUUGAGAAUUAUUUUACUCAAAAAUAAUCCAAUUAAAUAUUUAAAUACAAAAACGAUAAUUGCAAAUUUUCCCAAAACUGUGACAAUAUUUCUUGAGAAUAAAUUUGAAGCUAAAUGUCCUAAUGAUACAAAUAGUCAGGAAUUAAAUUUAACUGUUAAUUCUAAUGGAAAAUUGGAAAGAAUGGGACAAAUAACCAAAUUAAUAAUCAUCCUCAUAUUCCAAGUAUUUCUCAUCAAUGGCCAUCACAUUUCAAGUGUCUCCUUUCCAUUGGUUGGACUCUAUCAUUCCAUCGAUCUGAGAUCCCGUUCCGACGACAAUCCAAUUCUCCCAACUGGAAGUUGUCAAGAUCUGAAGAGAAAAGAUCUCACUCUAUUUCUACCUCGAUGCGGUGUUCGGAAUCUCUAUCGUGGCAUUAUCAGCAGUUACGACGUCUCCUGUCUCAGUUUCCGUGACAAUAACAUCGAUCGAAUUGAACCCGGCACCUUCAAUACCUUAUCAAAUCUCCUCUUUUUGGAUCUCUCCAAAAAUCGAAUUCCCCUCUGUGAUCUUCUCACAUUCGGCGGUGACAAUUACAAAUUACGAACGCUAAUUUUAGACGAAAAUCAAGUACCUGUGGAUGACUAUGGUCGUGAUAUUACUCACAGUGAUUGUUUUCCAAGUGUUGAUAGUUUGUACCUAAGGAAAAAUUGGCUGAGAAGUCUUCAAUUUUCCCUGCGCCAUGCUUUUCCCACGCUUCGUCAUCUUUACCUCUCGGAUAAUUUUAUCGAGAACGAGAAUUUCGUGAGGGAUGUUCCGAAUUGUCUCACCUAUGUUUAUCUGGAGCGGAAUCGCAUUGGGAGUUUCGGUGGUGAAAUAAUGGAGAAUGUCGAAUUUUUAUUUUUGGAUCACAAUAGAUUGAGAUCCGUUUGUCGGGGGCAUUGUUAUGAGGAGAGGACACUUCGUCUGGGCAAUGCCAGGCGGUUGAAAUUCCUCUCUUUGACGCACAACGAAAUCAAUAGAAUUGAGGAGGACGCUUUUGAUACCACGUGCGAUUUAACAACACUGAAUUUGGCGAACAAUCAAAUCGAAGUCAUCAAGCCUGGAACUUUCGUAAAUCUACGGAAUUUGAAAGAGUUGGAUUUGACCGGAAAUCGUCUGACGAUGGUACCAAAUUUGAGAAGCAAUGGACAAUUAUUGAGUGUUUCGUUGGGUUACAAUCGGAUUGAAUUUAUCACGACGGGAACAUUCAGGGAUUUACGAUUGUUGAAGAAGAUUAUUUUGGCUAAUAAUCGAAUUUGUCGAAUUGACACGGAUUCGUUUAUUGAACUGCCGCGGUUGGAGGAAUUGGAUCUUUCGUAUAAUAAUUUGGAGAGAUUGAAUAGAUUCUGGUGGAGGCAGCAGGGAAGUCUUAAGAAUUUGGAUGUUCGAGGGAAUCAUUUCACUAGUUUUGGUGAUUUGUGUUUGGACAGUGCUUAUCAUUUGUCGGUUGUGUAUUUGCAGAAAAAUCCGAUGAUUAGUGUUAGUUGUACGCAGCAUCUUUCGUCGGAUGUUGUUAUUCAUGUGAUUAGUGAAUGUCGAGCGAUGAAGGGACGAUGCUAUGAUCAGUGCAUUGCUGGUGAAAAUUUGAUAUGGUAGAACAUUUUUCUGAAUAUUUGGGUUAGCAAAUUGUAAUUGUAAUUGUAAUUUUAAUUCUAAUCAGAAUUCUAAUUGUAACCCUAAUUUUUAAUUCUAAUUGUAAUAGCAAUUCUAAUUGUAGCCCUAAUUGUAAUUUUAAUUCUAAUUGUAAUCCUAAUUCUAAUUGUACUUGUAAUCCUAAUUCUAAUUGUAAUUGUAAUCCUAAUUCUAGUUGCGAACCUACUGCCUAAUUUUACACAAUCAUUCGUCCUGUAUUAUUUAUUCUAACUGUAAAUAAGUGCCCCACAAGUUCGACUUCGGAAUAGCAGAAUCAUUAUUAAGAAAUUAGAUACUCAAAAAUUCUGCUCUUUUGGAACUGAACAUUAGAUUUUUAGUUCUUUAUGAUUAACCUAAACACAAAAUUAAAGAUCUGUACAAAAAUUAUUAGCUGAAUAAAGAAAUAGUUAUUA